CAGAUAAGAUGAUUAUUUUGACAUUUUCUCGGAGGUUGAUUGAUAGAUACCAUGGCAGCUUAGUGCCGGCCAGUCAGUUAUGACAAAAAACGUCGUGAUACAUCUCUGUCAAUGAGGCUUUGGCUGGCAUCGAGCUUGAAACAACCCAGCCUUUGGAGCUCUUAAAUCAAAGAAAGCCACUGGAACCUAAGAUUUGUGGGCAUUUUGCCUCCGCGCCCCACAAGUCUAAAAAAAAGUUGGGUUAUAAAUAAGCACGAACAGCACAACAAGAGUGAAAGAAAAAGGAUCUUUUUCACUAGCGUUUUUUCAUUCCAUUCAGCAUCCCUCUUCCAUUUCCUCGUCCAUUUAUGGGCUUGGCACAUCCGAAAACUUCUUCACAUUCAAACAUGGAAAAUAUGCGCGAAACCCCGGCUCUCUCUCCGGUAUUUGAGGGUCGUCUGUACCUACGUUCCGAAAAUAAGCAAUGGCAAUUGCGACUGUUUCGUUUCGACGGUACGACAUUAACAUGCCUAUCCACUCGAAAAGUCAAGCUUCCACCAGGAACGCGUCUCGAUCCAAGUGUACUUGAUUUGAACGAAUUAGUCAUGAACCGAUCCCCCUCUGCGUCAGUAACCUCCCCUCUUCUUGCCACGCCUGCAAACAAAUCUCGUACAAAACCUGGCGCUGAUAUGGCUGGGUACUAUCAAUUACCAAAGUGGACAGUCAAUGUCGCAGAUAUAUCUGGCAUUUCCAUGUUGAAAAACAAUAAGAGAAAGAAUCUUUUUACGAACCAAAAUUCGUUAUGUUUUUGUGUUCGGACCUACGAUGACCGUUGCUACGUUUUAAAGGCUCAGAAAGAAAAAGAUUUGGAACGAUGGCUCUUCAUAUUGACCAAGAUGUGGGACUUUGCUAGCGCAUUACGAUCACACUUCAACCCUGAGUCACAACAGCAGAACAUCCAAGGAGCCAACUUACAGCAUAAUGACGAUAAUUUACCAUUGGCUCAAACCAUUAGUCCUAAAACCCUUGCCAUUAUUACCUCCCAGGAUCAAUUGCCUCGUCCUUCAUCACAAAAUGUCAGUCCUCAUACCCCACCCAGCACCGUUCGAAAGUUGGUUCCUCCUCUUCCCAUGGAAAAUUACGGUAGAUUGGCACAAAAUUCGUCACCCACCGAUGUGUAUGAGCAACGUUACCAGAUGCCACAGCUCAGCAGUGAAAAGCUCGAUUGGAUAGAUGCUUGGCGAAAUUCUUUAGCCGAGUUAGUGGCAAGUGAUCCGCAAAUCAAAUUAGCUCCUCCUGUCAUUGAACCUAUCAAGGACGAUGAUUCCAUGAGCAUAGCAAGUGAAAUGACCAGUAUUACGACUCGCGCUCGGUUAAAGGCCGAAGAGACUGCUGAAUUGAAACCGCCAUACUCCAAUACCACGGGUCUACGACGUCGAAUUACAACUGGAUCUCGACACAGUGCAAGGAAACCCACAAUCAGUCGCCGAAAAGCCGGCGCCGCUGCCCGACUAAAUAUAGUCGGACCAGCACCUGAACUAAGUAUGGUAGAGAAGGAGCAAAUAGAUGACGAAUCAUCCUCACCUAAACUCCAACGCAAGCGAUCAAAAGAUGUAAAAAAUUGGAUAGAGUCCGAUCGUCGACCUGGACGCGCUUCUCGAUCUUCGUCCACCCGACGGCCAUCGUUUAGACGUCCAGACAACGUGCGACCAUCGUCUACACCUGAAGUGUACAGUCUCAAUUUCUUCCAAAGUACGACUCCUAGUGACGAAACAGAUAGUCCAAAGGAACCCAACACAGCGUGGACGGCGGCCAUCAAUGCUGAUGAUAAUGGGUUAAAAUAUCAUUCUUCGGUACGUGGAAAGGCUAUUCAGCUCGUGCAGCCUUCCGAAAAGAGCAAAGCGACUGUUAUCCAUGAAGAUGCCGACGCAGGGCAAGUCCGCUCUCGCUCAUCAACUCCUACUAGUAAACGUUCAUCCAGCCCAGCUCCGCAGAGUAGAAUACAUCACAAUCGUUCAUCCAGUUCUUUGCGAUCAGAUCAAAUUGUGUCUUCCUCACCUUUAACCAACCUCAUCUACAAUAAUGCUCAGGCAAAGAGAAACAGUGAUAUGAGCUCAUUCGACCUUGGUGCGGGGAAUCCAAGGCGAAGGUACUCUGGAGGGUUCAAUGGCGAAGAAAAUGGACCUUCCUUUGCCGAAACCCAGCAAAUGAUGUGGCAAAAGCACUAUCAUUUGCAGCAGCAGCAGCAUAUGCAAGCCGCUGCUAUUGCAGCGUACCAAUACCCAGCCAACUAUAGUUAUGGAAGCAUGCCGUCCCUCGUGUCGCCUGCCAUUCCUCCCGUCUCUGUACAGCAUUCAUUUAUGUCCUCCUUCCCCCGAAAUUUUCCAUCGGGCACCACACCUGACGACGACAAAUACUUGGGGGCAGCAUCCGAUACCCCGGUCAUAAACAAACGACAUCAAUCCUUAUAUUAUCAAUCAGCUGAAGGAAAAAGUUACAACGAUACCUCCAGACUGUCCGACGACCUUGCUCAACUUCGGGUUCGUCCCAAGUUGUCAGUAGCUGACAGUGACGUGUCAAGCAGAUCAAGGCGACCAGAGUCUUGGAUGGGAACCAGGUCAACAACACAGCAUCAUGACCUUGGUACUACCAAACGGAAAUCGAUGAGCACUUUCAAUAAGCUGCUGGAUCAGCGACCUGCGAUUCGUCAACAUAACCACUUUUAAUACCUUUCGUUUCAUUUCAUUGUCUGCGUGCGUUCUCUGUAUCAAAAUUAUUUCUUUUACUUUCUUUGUUGCCCCAUUACAUUGCAAAUCAUCAAUAAAACCUGUACCGCUCAUUUCCUUUAGUUGUAUGCCAUACAAACCGUAUCGGCAUCCAUCCUGAUUGGACCGACCAGCAGAAUUGGCUGGCAUGGCCAAUGAACCUAACCUACAGGUAGGGCCAAGG